AUAACUGAGGCGGAGCAGGAUGAAGCCCGGAUCUUGAGGCAUCUGGUUUCCUUUUGGCUUGAACAUAUUUAAUGGAGAGAUUAAUGAAAGCUCUGUGUGGACCAUGGAUUCCCAUACACUGUACAGAUGUGUGUGUCACCUGUUUUGCCUCAGUCUGCAGGUUGUCUGGGGUUCGGACGAGGUGACGAUCCUGAAUCCUCCGGAGGAGCCUUCCCCAGGCCGUCGCUUGGACAUACUUCACUCCUGCGACGGGGCAGCGACAGUGCAGCUGGACUGCGUCGUGACCUUUGACACUGGCCUCACCUCCACGUUCCCGCUAAGACGGUGGCGCUGCAUCCCCGGCGACCCUAAAGUUAGGACCGUGGUGCUGAACCUGCCGGACUGGCUGGUGUAUCGGGCAGACGGGAUUGUGCCGGACUCUCAGUGGGUGCUGAGCUGUUUCCUUCGAGCCUCGCUCAGAUACGGCAGAUUGGACGACACCGAGGGGCCUGUGGCGGCCAAGGAUGUGGCAGCUUUGCAGCCCAAGCCCUUUUUCAGUCGACCUGUCAAACGGCAUCGACUCUGCGUGGCCUGGAGUACACGAGUGCUGCAGUUGACGCCACGUUUUUCAAAGAAACAAUGCCCCUUUGAGAAAGAAACGGUCCGUCUGCUGUCUUCAAUUUAUGCCUCAACUGGAGAAAACUUUGGCAUCACAAAGACACUGGACCCAUACGGCAGCGAGGUUCUGGAGUAUUUGCGUGUUGAAGCCAUCUCCUUCUCGUGGUGUUUGUUCUCCAUCUGGGUAUUUGUGACCAGACACUGCCAGCAGGAAAGCAAGUGUGGGGUGUUUCAUCAUAUCGACUCUGAUAACAACUACGUCACCCCCACUUUGUUCAUCACAAAUUCAGGCCAGCUUCACAUCCAGGUGAACGGACAGUCCGAUGAGAGCUUUGCUUUCCUCUCUCCGUUCAAAGUGCCUUUGGGUGAAUGGUGCCAGCUCGGUGUGACGCUGCAGGGCGCAGCGGUGACCGUCUCCAUGGUGUGUCUGGACGAGGGGCAGAGAACGGUGGUUGGCUCUUCGGAACAUGUGCUGAGUCACGCUGUCAGGCUGGACGACACCGACGGAUACUUUGUGAUCGGAGGAGGGGAAUACACCAGAGGAGUGGAGGGCUACUUUGGACCGGUGGUUUACCAGCGCAACAGGAUAACGCCUCUGUCCGAGGCGGAUGUUCCAGGUGUCAUCGAGGACCUGGACCUCACCGGGUGGCUGCGCACUUGUCAGAAGUUUCGCCUCGAGUUGAGCGUGAAAAUCCGCGGCUCUUCCCCGCAGGCCCGGCGGAGGACAGAGUCCGGUAGUGGCAAGACAUGUAGGGAUGUUUUCCAUGAGUGGCUGAUAAAGGACCGACUACUGUCCAGUUCCCAGUGCGGGCAGUGGGAGGCAGCUGUCCUUCGCAGGAGACAAGCUGCAAAACUGUCCCAGUUACUAGUUUUCAAACAUGGGGGGAAAGCGGUCGGCCUGCCAGCUGUGGGCCGAGCUCUUUACUCCUUAUCGCUCCAUAAGCUGGGCAGAGCGAGCGGCACCGGGGUGGUCAGCAGAAUCCUUCCGCUGCUGCUCCAGGCCGGCUGCCUGGCUGAUAACCGAGCUCUGCACAUGUCGUCGGUGCUCUACGCCACUGGCUUCGGAGUCGAGAGACAGCUCAGUAAGGCUUGGCUACUUGCCCUGCUGGCAGCCCAGAAGGAUGAUCGAUUAGCACUUCUGCAUCUGGGGCACAUGCACCACCAGGGGCUGCACGGCCUCCCCGCAGACCCAGACCUGGCCUAUGCGUAUUAUGCAAACAUUGCGAAACAGACAACCUUAGAUCAUCAGCAUCCCACACCAGAGCAGACGUUUGUUGAGGCCCUUUACCUGAACAACGAUGAGAUGUUGAAUCUCCAGACGAAUGAAGACCAUCACAUCUUCCAAUGGCUGAAACUGCAGGCACGCAGGGGAGCAGCGGAAGCUGAGCAAGCAAUUGCUCGUAUGCUGUUCUGGGGUCAGCAGGGAGUGUCCCCAGACAUCCAGCAGGCGGUGAGACACUACGAAAGGGGAGCUGUCCAGUGGGAGGACCCGGUGUCAAUGUAUGACUAUGGCAUAGUCCUACUGCAGGGGCAUGGGGUUGAAAAGGACAUUCCAAAAGCCCUCACUUUCCUCAAGAAAGCAAUGGACCAGGGCUUUGUCCCUGCGAUGAAUGCCCUGGCCUGGUACUACGAGCAGUUUGAACGUGACUACGAGCAGGCAGUGCAGCUGUGGGAAAAAGCCGAUCUCCUCGAGAGUCCGGAUGCUGCUUUGAAUCUCGGUGUCAUGUACUUUCAGGGUCUGUAUCCAGGAAAAGCUGCUGACCAGUAUAUGGCCUAUAAGUACUACCUGAAGUCAGCAGAACGAGGGCACGUCAGGGGAGCACUUCUCCUCGCGGACAUCUGGACCACUGGGUUACCUGGCCAAGUCAACAGACGUCCAUCGGAUGCUGUUUUGUGGGUAAAGUGGGCAGCUGAGUCCAAUGGAUACCUGGGCAGGGUCUUAAGAAAAGCCUUGAAUUCAUAUCUCAAGAGUGACAUGCUCAGCUCACUGUUAUAUUACAUGAUUGCUGCUGAGUCGGGGUACGCGGCUGCACAAUUCAACGUUGCGUAUCUCUGUGAGCAAAAUACAGGACGAUUUCUGGAUUCUGCUUUUGCGUCAUGGUGUGAGUGGAGAUAUUACAACCUCACAAUCCAAAGUCAAAACCCUGACACUUACGCCUUGAUCAGGAUGGGUGACCUGUUGUACGAGAGGCAGGUCGACAGGCAGAAGGACUUGUUUUCUGCAGCGGAGAUGUACAAACUGGCAGCACUGAGGAACAAGCCACAGGGAUGGUACAACCUUGGCCUCCUCGCUGAGGACGGCUACAGGCUGCCACUGUCUGUGUUGACCGAACUGGGCCUUUCACACCUCUACCUGGCCGACCACAGUCUGCUUCUAAGUGCGUUGUACAAAAGAUGCAGAGACUCAGAGGAUAAUGACGCCUACUUGCCCUGCAGCCUUGCCCUCUUCAAUGUUCAUCUUCAAUUGUUCCAAAAGAACUAUAGUGCUGCUAUAAAGUUCUCCGCUGCUGUUGCCGUGGUUGCAGCUCCAACGAUAUUCUUAAUCAUCCAUGGUUUUGUCAGGAGACGCGUCCUGUCUCGGCAAGAGCCGUGACUCUUCUCAGGAACGCCAGCUCGACAAACCGAAGGACUAAACGGCAAAGUCGACCUCCGCACCAACAAUGAAGCAUUGUGUCAGUUUGCAUACUGUAUGUUUACUAAGGGACCACUAGGAAUAUGAACUUUGAUCAUCACCACGACAAUGCUUGUGUUAUAUAUGCCUGAAAUGUUUUUGGCUUGAACGUUUUGUAAACUAUUGACUCUAAGUUAACUUGAUUGGACAAUAAAGAGCCUGAUGAAGUG